AUGUUAAAUCGACGGCGUCGACAUCAGACGCCAACGUUCCUGGAAGGUACACCGGGUAGAUACCUAAGGAGAGAAGCACCCCCGUCUCUUCCCACUUGCGAUGGUGUAAUUCAAGGUAUCCAAGCUGGUUUGCAGCAGCUGGCCCACUCAUCCCAAAGCCUGCAAUAUAGCGGAAGCGAUGUCAGCAGCUAUCGGGUGAAGCGAAAUUCCGUUCGUGCAAAACCAGAACUAUCGUCACAAAGUUUCAACGAAAGUCGAACAUCCAGCCAAUACUUGUCGAAAAAGGGUCUUACCUCGUCACUUAGCAUUGGUAACGUAGUACAGCAUGGUACGCAAGCAGCAAAUACAGAAAAUAGCGAACAGCGUUUGGUAUCCAUUUCAUUGCAGAGUUUGCCAGGUCGUUCGAUAAGUGCACCAUUUGCUGGGGAAAAACUAGCCGGUGGAAUGCCCAAGGAAGACCUCACAUUGCCACCAAAUUGGGCUGUUGAAGUGACACCAGAAGGAAUUCGUUAUUACGUGGACCAUAAUAAUCGACGCACACAUUGGAUUCAUCCUCUUGUUAAAGAAAAUUUACCUUUAGGCUGGACAAAGCAAUUUGAUUCGAUUAAUGGAGUAACAUAUCACAAUAACUUAGAUGGUCGAAUGCAGUUGGAGCAUCCUGGCUUAGCGACACCUGUAAAUUGUGCACAGAGUAAUUCUACAGCUCAUUUAACACAACGUGCCGAAAGUACGAUUGAAAAAUUGAAUAUUAUUGGUGAAGUUACAGAUAUACCAGAUUGGCUUCGUUUAUACUCUCGCGCUCCGUAUGAAUUAGAUCAUUUGCUGGAGUGGCCCUUAUUCCGCCUACCUCAACUGGAGCAGUAUGAUAGUCAAUUAAUGAAGCUAUAUAAGCAAGAAGGUAUUGAUAUUGCAAUCAAAUAUGAGCGUUUUCGGCGUGAAAUCAAUCGCGAAAUUGCACGGCGGCAAUCAAAAUUUCUGGCAUCUGCUAAUAUACUUCAAUAG